AUGUCUCCUCAAGCGACCUUUCCGCUGCAGAUCGACACGUCCGCUCCGCCGGUCACCGCGCCCUACGGCCCCGCGAGCCCCCAGCACGAGAAGGAGGCCAUGCGCGCCAUCCGCCGGACGAACAGCUGGACGCCGUCCUUCAAGCGACAACCCAGCUACCAUCAAGAAGACCAGAAGCACGCGCUGCAGAUGCGCGGCGUGCGAGACGUGAAGGAGGGGCCCGGCUUCAGCGAGUGCACGAGCACCGCGGCCCGCUAA